AUGAUUAAUGAUUUGAAAAUAGCAUCCCCACGUUCCAGUAAUGGGAAGUACGUAGACGACCUGACGAUAUCUGAGAUUGUUCCAACAAGAGAGGUAUCUAUACUACAAAACAAAUUGGACACAAUUGGUGAUUGGACAUGUACCAAUAAUAUGAAAUUGAACCUCCAAAAGUGUAAAGAGAUGAUCGUCUCCUUUCGACGAGAUAUUGAACGGCCUCCACCGAUCUUAGUUGUUGAAAACAGUGGUCUUGAAAGCAUAGAAUCCCACAAAGUAUUAGGUUUAACGAUCCAGAAUAAUCUGAAGUGGGAUUUGGAUAUCAUUGAGAUAGUAACCAAAGCAUCAAAGAGAUUACACAUCUUACGAGUUCUCAAGCGCAGUUGA